ACCGGAAACAGGUCCACAUCGUUUCAUCGUCAUCACUAAUCGGUAUUUGUGUCUCGUUUUCCCGUCCUUCUUGUUCGUCCUGCCGCUGCACUGGGAUCUUGUGCUUAUAAGGAGAAAGUUGACAUUUAAUUAUGUCAUUCAAAAAUCGCACUGUAUUAGCUACACUUCCUCGAACUCAGAGGGGAAUGCCCUUGGUAUUAGGUGGAGAUCCAAAAGGGAAAACGUUUCUGUACACUAAUGGACAUAGUGUCAUUAUUCGUGACAUUGCUGACCCUUUAAUAUCUGAUAUUUAUACUGAGCAUUCUGUUCAGACUACUGUGGCAAAAUACUCUCCAAGUGGAUUUUACAUAGCAUCUGCAGACCUGUCUGGGAAAAUUCGCAUAUGGGAUACCACUCAAAAAGAACACAUUCUGAAGAAUGAGUUUCAACCUUUUGCAGGAACUAUUAAAGACCUGUCUUGGUCCCCAGACAAUCAGAGAAUUGUUGUAGUUGGUGAAGGACGGGAAAGAUUUGGGCAUGUGUUUAUGGCUGAUACAGGAACAUCUGUAGGGGAAAUAGCUGGUCAUAGUAACCUUAUAAAUUCAUGCGAUUUUCGUCCAAAACGGCCAUAUCGCAUUAUCACUGGGAGUGAAGACAACUCUGUUGGCAUAUACGAGGGACCACCCUUCAAGUUCAAAACAACCCUAAAUGAUCAUACCCGUUUUGUCCAAUCAGUAAGAUUUUCUCCUGAUGGUGAAUUAUUUGCAAGCGGUGGAUUUGAUGGCAAGAUGUUUUUAUAUAAAGGUGGAGAUUAUUCAAAAGUUGGAGAAUUUGGUAGCCCUGCUCAUGCAGGUGGUGUCUAUGCUGUGUCAUGGAGUCCUGAUGGGACUAAGGUUCUUUCUGCCUCUGGUGAUAAAACAUGCAAAGUGUGGGAUGCAUCAACACUAGCAGUCUUAUCGGAAUUUCAUCUUGGUACUGAUAUAAUGGAUCAACAAGUGAGUUGUUUAUGGCAAGGUGAAUAUCUGCUCUCUGUGUCUUUAUCUGGGUUCAUCAAUUACCUUGAUUUAAAUAACCCUUCAAAACCUUUAAGGAUUAUUAAGGGUCACAACAAAUCCAUUACAGCAUUAGCUAUUAGUCCAGACAAAAGUACUAUAUUUACUGCGAGUCAUGAUGGUGCAGUUAUGUAUUGGGAUUGGCCUUCUGGUAAUCAUGACAGAAUCAAAGGAGUUGGGCACAGCAAUCAAGUGCAAAAUAUGGCUGUUAACACUGAUUAUAUCUUUACAUGUAGCCUUGAUGAUACUAUGAAAUCAAUCAGCUGCAAAGAUCAUCAGUAUCAGACAGAAACAAUUAAAUUUGAUUCUCAGCCAAGGGGUCUUGUCUGUGGGAGUGGUGAUACUGUAUUGGUUGCUGGGAUAAGUGAGUUAUCAGUUGUACAAGGUGGUAAAAAAGUUAACAGUUAUCCUGUUGACUUUGAGGCACAGUGCAUAUCACUGCAUCCUCAAGAACCUGAUGUUGCUGUUGGUGGUGGAAAAGACAAUAAAGUACACAUAUUUCUCUUGAAUGGUGUUAAUUUUAGUCCUAAGACAACAAUGGAGCAUCGAGGGGCCAUAACUGAUGUAGCAUAUUCUCCUAAUGGCUUGUAUUUAGCAGCAAGUGAUUCCAACCGUAAAGUAGUUCUAUAUAAUGCCCUAACUUAUGAAUUGGCUCAUACUCAAGAUUGGUGCUUCCACACAGCACGUGUAAAUUGUUUAUCGUGGGCACCAAAUUCUUUAUAUUUAGCUAGUGGUAGUCUUGAUACUAAUAUUAUUAUCUGGAGCACUGAAAACCCUACAAAGCAUAUAAGCAUUAAAAAAGCUCACCCUCAAAGCCAAAUCACCAGAAUUGGGUGGCUUGAUAAUAAUGUAUUGGUUUCUACUGGUCAAGAUAGUAAUGUGAAAAUUUGGGAUAUUGUGUAUUAGUUUUUAAUACAGCCUCAUGUUGCGACUUCUUGCAAUAUAUUUGGUGUUUGAAAAUUCAGCAACAUGCAUAAGUCGAGGUGCAAAACAAAAGAAAUAUAUAAUAUUUGUUCCAGAAAAGCCUCCAUAAAUGUGCAUUUUAUAUCUAUUGAAAAGCUGUUCUGAAAGGGAUUUAUUCUAUGUAAAAAAUUUGAUACAGAUUUUCACUUGUUGGAUAUGAAGUGUUCUACACAUUAGUUUGAUGAACUGCAGUUCUGGGAUAUUCAGGGCUUAUUCCUAUGUAUUAUUUUUAUUUUGAUUGAAACUGAAGUCAAUUAUUAAUGUUAAAUAUGCUUUAAAAUGAACGAAAGGUUACAAAGUGUACUUUAAAUUCCUUUGUACUGGCUUUAUGACUAGUACACCAUCUCUGAGUUCAGCAGCAUGUUUGGUUGUUGCAUUCUUUUCAAAUUAUAUUUCGGAAGCUCUGUGUGUAAAUAUUAUGUGAUUUUUGCUGUUCAUGCUUUAGAUGUAUUUAUAGUUCUUGUUUAUUCCUGCUUAUAUUUAAUGUUAUUUUACUAGACUUUUCGAAAUGUUUGAAAGGUGUGAUAUUGCUUAACUUAAAAGUUUUUUAAUCUGAUAAAAUUAUGCUUUAAUGAAACUAAUCUUUUUUAUGCUUUUGCUACUUUAAUAAUUUGUUUUUUUUUUUUACAUUUUGAUGUAUAUUGUAUUGUCUUUUGGGACGUUUUGUUGAAAUGUUUGUAAUGGGAUUUUGAUUUUGUUCAGUAGCUUAAUUUAUUAUGUUAAGUAAAUGUAAACUGUUGAUGUUAGAACAAAACUAUGUUUGUACCAAAGAUUUCACUAUUUAACAACCAUGCUUUAUUUAAAUAAAAUAAAACAUUUAUGUGUUUAUCAUCUUUGAGAUUAUGAAAAUUUUGUAUUGUUUGAUUGGUGUGGGUUGUAUGCUUUUUUACAUUAAUGAUCUUGCUGUGUUGUAUUAUUUCAUAUUUUCUUAACCACUUGCGCUAUGACUAAACUUCAUGGUUGCAGUGCCGUGUGCUGGUUAUAUAACAAGCGGUAAAGUGUCUCAUUUACGCUGCUCCGCGUCUGCGAGUGCAACAUCCAGAGCUCUAACAAGAGAAAUAAACAAUCUCGUUGUUAGCCGAUGUGUGCGCCAUGUUAUUUUCAUUUUUGCGAUAAAUGCCUAGCGUCGUGGUGUUCACGUAGCUCGUAGUUUGAGACAAAAGCAUCUCGAUGUGCGUGGCACGUCUUUUUAGUGCAAGUGGUUAAAUGGUUGAAUUCUUUUUAGAAUUUUUGUUUUCUGCUAUUUUAGCAGCUGCCUGUAACCUGGAUGGGAUUCAGUGUUUUGAAUCAUAUGAGUUCUGAGCUGUCUGUAGUAAACAUUUAUUGGGCUGGAACUUAAAUGCUUUAAAAAUCGUGAAUACUUUAUUAAAGAUUACUUUUAUUGAUCAAAAUUUAUGGAAGUGAUUUUCUUUAUUCGGGAUUAUAUCUCAUAUAACUUUAAAUAUAGUUAGUGCACAUUGUUUUUUACAACCAUCAUUAGUGGUAAAAACUGCCCAAAUGUAGGUGCUAUAUUCAUCUGUAUUUAUACCUGCAUUUCCAGCUCUCCUAUUAACUGCAUUUGUUUAUCAGUGCCCCUAAAAUCUUAAUAAUCUCCCAAAAAGGGAUAUGAAAAAUUGAAAACUGUUUCAUGUAUCUCGUCUUCAUAUGAAAUGAGUUAAAGGUAUAUUUGUAUUUGUAUGUUUUAUUAAUUAUCUGUUACAAAGGCAUAAUAAUUUAUAUAUUUUAAACUUAUAAGCAGAAAACAAUCUCCUUUGUUUCAAUAUUUCUAAACAACUCUUCAAUCAUUUAUAUGAACAGAAUACAUUUAUUUUUAUAUGGUCCUAGAUAUUAGAUGUUAGUGUGUUAAGUGAAUAAAUUUACAUCUGAAUUUUGCAAUAUAAAUUUGUUUAACAGCCUGGUAUUAUUUUCAUUUAGAAAAGUUUACCGUUUGUAUAAAUGUGUGUAUAAAUUGUUUCAGCAAUGUCAUUAUUGAAGGUGAUAUAUGUUAUUUUUUAGCAAAAUGCUGAAAUUAAUGUGUUCUGGAAAUGCAAUAAAAGGGACAGUUAAUCAAGUUUUGAAAUUGAUGGUUUUGAUAAAAUAUUUAAUAAAACCCUAUUUUUGUAUGUGUGUGGAAAUAUUUUGAUGUUGUCCUUGUGAAAGAAAAUUAUUUGAAUCAUAAAAAAAUAGGUUUAUUUAUACCUUUAAAUGAACAAUAAAUAUUUGAAGAAUUUUA